UAAUUUCCCUGUCCUAAAUGCGAUCGCUCUCUUUCCUUGAAUCAUCAUCAUCGAACUCUUUGACUCUCCACACCCAUCUUCUCUCCCAAGCAAAGACGAAAACUACAAGUUGAAUUUUUUUCUUUUUCCGAUUGACCCAACAACCGCAAAUCGAAUUUCAACUUCCUUUUUUUUUUUUUUUUGAACAACUGAUCGAAUUUCAACUUCCAGAUUGGUGUCUCUACCUCCUUUCCCCAUCUCCCAAAUCCACUUGAAGAGAAAAAAACAAUAAAAAAAAAAGAAAGCAGAAUAAAGAUCAAAAACUCCAAAACAAAUGUUAUAUUACUAAACUCCCCAAGACUAAACCCUCAAAAAACCAAGAUGACAACUUUCAUCUCCAACCUCUCUCUUCUCCUCCUUGUCGGUUUGUUCUUAAACCCUGUGAUCUCCGAUUCAAGAGGAGAGACGGUGGCUCAGCGAUGCAGCAACAGAACAACGACCCCUCAGCAAAGAAGUCUCGUCGUAACCAACUUCCUCGCCGCCAUGGACGCGGUGUCUCCGCUAGUGGAAGCUAAAGGCUACGGGCAAGUAGUCAACGGCACAGGGAACUUGACGGUCUAUGCUUACGGAGAGUGCAUGAAAGAUCUUGACAAGAAAGACUGCGACUUGUGUUUCGCUCAGAUCAAAGCUAAAGUCCCUCGUUGCUUGCCCUUUCAACGAGGCACUCGUGGCGGUCGUGUCUUCUCCGAUGGAUGCUUCAUUAGGUACGACGAGUACAACUUCUUCAACGAGACGUUAAGCUCGCAAGACGUGACUAAUUGUUCUAAUAAGGAGAUAACCGGAGUAAACCGGACGCUAUUUCGGGAUAACGCGGGGGAGUUGGUGAAGUUUAUGAGCGUGGAGGCGGUGAGGAACGGUGGUUUCUACGCUGGAUUUGUGGAGAGACGUAACGUGACGGCUCACGGUUUGGCUCAGUGUUGGGAGCCUCUUACUCGCAGUGGUUGUGCUGAGUGUUUGAGUAACGCUUCAGAGAAAAUCGGUUCUUGUUUGGGUAAAGAAGAAGGUCGAGUUCUUAACGCUGGCUGUUACAUGAGGUUUUCUAAUCUGAAGUUUUACAAUAACUCUGGAAAUUCAACAUCAGAUGGAAAUGGUGGUCAUAACCAUUUGGCUGUGAUUUUGGCGGUGACAUCUUCGGUUGUGGCUUUUGUUCUGUUGGUCUCUGCGGUUGGUUUCUUGUAUAAGAAGAAACGUGCUAAGAAGCUAAGAGAGAAGAAGCAACUAGGGUCUCUGUUUAUGCUUGCAAACAAAUCUGAUCUUAGUUUCUCCUAUGAGAAUCUCGAGAGGGCCACUGAUUACUUCAGCAACAAGAAUAAGCUAGGACAAGGAGGAUCUGGUUCUGUAUUUAAGGGAGUUCUUAGUAACGGUAAGACUGUUGCGGUGAAGAGACUAUUCUUCAACACAAAGCAAUGGGUUGAUCAUUUCUUUAACGAAGUCAAUUUAAUAAGCCAAAUCGACCACAAGAACCUUGUCAAGCUCUUGGGAUGCAGCAUAACCGGACCCGAGAGCCUUCUGGUCUAUGAGUACAUAGCGAACCAAAGCCUCCAUGACUAUCUUUUCGUAAGACAAGAUGUUGAACCGUUGAGUUGGGCGAAGAGGUUCAAGAUUAUAUUUGGCACAGCAGAAGGAAUGGCCUAUCUACACGAAGAGUCGAAUCUGAGAAUCAUACACAGAGACAUUAAGCUGAGUAAUAUACUUUUGGAACAUGAUUUUACUCCGAGGAUUGCUGAUUUUGGACUGGCUAGAUUGUUCCCUGAGGACAAGACUCAUAUCAGCACAGCCAUCGCCGGUACACUAGGGUACAUGGCGCCAGAGUAUGUGGUACGAGGUAAACUUACUGAGAAAGCAGAUGUUUACAGCUUCGGAGUUCUUAUGAUUGAAGUUAUAACUGGAAGACGUAACAACGCCUUCUCACAAGACUCUAGUUCGAUCCUCCAAACGGUUUGGAGUCUGUACGGGACAAGCAACUUUGUUCAAGUUGUGGAUCCAGUAUUGGGGGAUAACUUCAACAAGAUGGAAGCGUCACGGUUGCUUGAGAUCGGUCUGCUCUGCGUUCAAGCAGCGUUUGAUCAGCGUCCUGCCAUGUCUGCGGUUGUGAAAAUGAUGAAAGGGAGUUUGGAGAUUCCUACGCCUACGCAACCGCCAUUUCUGAACCCAGGGAGUGUAUUGGAGAUGAGAAAGAUGAUGUCUCCGAUGAUGGAAGAUCAGUCCCAGUCUUCGGGCUGGAGGAGUGACAACAUAUCUGAGAGUUUCUUUGAACCUAGAUAAGCUUUAAGAUCGUUUUAUAUCCGAAUCAUUUUUUUUUUGGAUGGAUCUCAAUCUGUCAUAUGUAAAAAGAACUGAGAUGCCGAUAAAUCGUGUGUAACUAAUUGAGGUAACGUAUGAUCCACGCCACUGUUAUGUAACCUAGGAAGUGAACACGGCUAGAGCUCACUUGGUGGGUGGAGGGCAAACUCCGGUUUAGUCUUGGUUUAGGUUUGUUUAUAAAUCUAUAGUACGAUUCGAUUAAUAUUACAACCGUUUUUAUGUGAUUUUUUGUUCUCAAGUUUGUAUGUUUUUCUAUUUCAAAUAAAUCACUAGUUUUGUUUGCG